UCCAAUUUGUUCAUUCUGGUAGACAACGAAAUUUUCAUGUACUUAGCUUGAAUAUGCAAGUAUAUAAGACAGCUGACAUCUAUGGUUUUCUUAACAAUUCACAUCAAAAUCUUUUGACAACAAUGUACAAACAAACUCACCUAACAACAAAGACAAUACUUGUCAUUGUAUCUUCUGUUUUUGCACUGACUUCAUCUCAACCAUCACAAGGAAGCAUUCACUUAAGCCUCAUUCACCGUGACUCCUCCCUCUCGCCUCUAUACAAUCCCCAAGAGAGCCCUUAUGAUCGCGUUAGAUCUUCCUUUGUGAGGUCAAAAGCCCGCCUUUCUUUCUUGAUUGAUAGAGUUGUUGAUGGAGGUGAUUUCCAAGGAAAGGUGCAAGCAGAUGAUGGUGAGUACUUUGUUAAGCUCUCGGUUGGAACCCCUCCGUCUCAGAUGUUUGCUUCUAUGGACACUGCAAGCGCACUAGUUUUAACUCAGUGCCUGCAGCCUUGCAUUAGCUGCGAUACCAAUCAAAUAAUCUCCACAACUUAUCAUAACAUCACUUGUACUUCUUCAAAUUGUGCUCUUGUACCAAAUAAUGCUUGUGAUUCUUCUAACUCGUGUACAUUUAGUUAUCGCUCCAAUAGUCUUCUUGGAAGUGAUGUCUUUGCAUUCGAGACUUCAAAUGGUGACGCCUUUUCCCUAAAUGUCAUCUACGGCUGUGAGUAUGACCAAGAAAGCACGACGAAUCAAAACAAUGGAAUUCUUGGUCUUGGAUAUCAUAACUUAUCCUUAAUAAAGCAAAUAAGUUCAAUAACCGAGCCUAAGUUCACCUAUUGCUUAGGUAACAAUAGUGAUCCUGAAGCAUACCGCCUUUUAGUAUUAGGAAACGGCUUCUUCCUAGAAGGGCAAACAACCACUUUAAAGGUGAUUGAUGGGAAGUACAAUCUAGUGCUCGAGAGUCUAAGUAUAGGCAAAAGGAAGCUAUUGAUUCCACCAGAGGUUUUUCAGCCAAGUCCUUUAGGUGGUGGAGUGAUCAUCGACGCUGAGACUACAUUGACAUUCCUAGCACCAUAUGCAUACUACGAGCUGGUUGGGGAAUUAGAGAAAGAACUUGGAUUAGUCAUGGUAGUGUGGCCUGAUCCUCCUUAUGAACGAUGUUAUAAUGGAAAAAUAAACGACAUAAGAAAUUUUCGUGGGCUGAUUUUUCAUUUCGAAAGAGAGGUGAAUGUGCUCUUGGACGUUGACAGUUUGUUCUUGCAGGUGGAAGAUGGUAUGUUUUGCUUGGCAGUGUUACCUAGUCCUGUAGGAGGAACUUCAAUUUUAGGGAGCUUAUUUCAGCAAUAUUACAGUGUUGGAUAUCACCUAGGCGAAAUGCUAGUUUCGUUUCAAAAAAUCGAGUGUGAGGUACUUGAAAAACAUAUAUCUUAGUGGUUGAGGCGAAUUACUCUAUAACUGAAUUCAUGUUCCAUUGGUAUAUGCUUGCUGAGCUACAAACUCUUUACCAAGGAUGAAUUGAAGUUUUGCCUCGAAACCUCGCUUUUAAGAGUGCAGGCUUUAAAUUGCAGUUGGAUUUUAGACCUUGCUUCAAAGUGGAUCAUGCAUUAUGGUUCUUCAUGUUUGUUAUUAGCAAUUUCACAUAUAUAAUCUCACCAUUAUACCUAAAAAUUCAGUUAAGUAACAAUAUAGACAGGUGAACCAGAUUUUAGAAACUUUUUUUUUUAAAAAAAAUUGAGGCAUUGGCUUGAAGCUUUGCGGAUAGGAGGCCUAAUUUAAUAAGGCAAAGACUGUCCACAAUGUUAAAAAUUGUGUCAUAUUUAUAAGAGAAACUUCAUGAACUUCUUGUGAGUAGAUUUCUAGUAAUUGUAUGUUUUAUACUACUUAUCAUGUCAUACGGAUUAUGUUUGUAUUAAUAUUCACCGGUUCAUUCGAAAAAAAAAAAAAAAAAAACCAAAUUCGUUAUUGUACAAUUCUCUAUUAAGACCCUCAUAUUAAGAGUUGCAUAGGAAGGAGAAUCUCAGCUUUGUGCACAAUCGACAAGAACUACAUGCAAUUCAUCUUACAUAAGGUAACAUAUAUACCAAAAAUACAACUAACUAAACUUCAAUAAUGAAAUUGUGAAAUCAAGUUACAAAUCAAUGUAAAUUUGUACUGGUUUGCUUUUUCGAAUU